CUGCGCACGAGGGCGCGAUGCAAGUGUCCAUCGCGUGCACGGAGCACAACCUGAAGAGUCGAAAUGGUGAGGACCGGCUCAUCAGCAAGCAGACCAGCGCGACCCCCAACGUGGUGAGCGCCGCCCGGGCCAAGUUCCGGACGGUGGCGAUCAUCGCCCGCAGCUUGGGAACCUUCACCCCCCAGCACCACAUCUCCUUAAAAGAGUCCACCGCAAAGCAAACGGGCAUGAAAUACAGGUAUGGUCCCGGCAGCCCUGGUGUGCUGCGUUGCAGCGCGGUCGCUCGCUUACUUGGGGGCGGGCAGGACUCUCCUCUCUGCAUGAGUCUGAUUUUAGGAGGAGAGAGCUACUAAGGUUAUUAGCGGAUAUUUACACCUAUGCAGAAGUGAAUGGCACUCGGGCACGAAUGGUUUUGCAGGCGUGUGUAUCAUUUCGUACAGAAAGAGUUUUCCUGUAUAGGCUUCUAAGCAGCAGCGGUGAAUUUUGGAAGAGUGACGUUUAGAUGGUUUCCGCCGGCUGCGUGAGCUAGCGUGUGUUAGCGUUGCAGUGCGGAGCAAUCAGUCAGCGGAGCAGGUGCCAAGCCGGACGGGAAAGUUCAUUUGCAGCGCGUUGUGCGGCGCGGGCAGACGCGUCCGCCGGAGGCGCCACGCCGUCGUGAGGACCAGGCUUUCACCCGCUUCACUAGCGAAGAAGGAGCUGCAGGACCGAUGGCAAACGCAACGCCGGCGCCGGGUCCGGCCGCGUGCUCGCGAAACUCCUGACGCGUCCGGACGGCUCUCUACUUCCCUUGGCCU